AUGAAUAAGGACUCCGAACCCGACGCACCUCUUCCGGCCGGCGCUCCGGCGACGACAACGACCGGGGAAUCCACCACCACACAACAACACAAUUGGCUGAUCCAAAUCAAAGACCACAUCCCUCGAGACCUCGACCACAUCGUCCCAAUCUCAUCCUGCAUCUUCCCAGUACCCGACCCGUUUUCCUCUGCCUCCAAGCCCGAAUCAUUCGCCCCACAGCUCAUCGCAAUCGGACCCUUCCAUCACUUCCUCAACGCGCUCAUGCUGAUGGAGACUUUCAAGCUCGGCGCGGCGAAGCGGGCUCGAAUCAAGCUCCACCUCCCCGAGUUCGCAGCCAUAGUGGACGGACUUGAAGCUCUGGCGCCCGAAAUUCGAGCCUGUUACGCCAAGCACCUGGCCAUCGCCGACCACAUCCUCGCUUGGAUCAUGUGCAUCGACGGGCUCUUCUUGAUCGAACUCCUCACCAACGACGGGAACAUCUUAAAAUUCGGCAAUUCUUCCUCCACCGACCGCCACCGCCGCGUGCCGCUGGACUCGUCGGAGAUGGGCAAGAUCGAGCUCUCUGUUUUGGGUGAUGUGAUGAAGCUGGAGAAUCAGAUCCCCAUUUUCGUUCUGGAAGAGAUUUGGUGCUUGAACCAUCAGGUGCUGAUUUCGUUUGACGCCGUUAAAGCCGCGCCUGUGGUGAAUCGAAUCCCAAUUCAUGUUCUGCGAGAGAUCUGGAGCUUGGAAGAAACAGAGGAGGAGGAGGUUUCGUCAGAGGUCGCGGCCAUCUAUUCAAAAUUGAAACGGAGAGGGAACUUCGUUUCGUUCCCUUACCGCCAAUUGGUUCAAUUCUGCGUCAAGGUGUCGCCAUUUCAAGCUCGCGAUGCUUACCCUGAUCGGAGGAGUGAAGGAAUCGAGCCGCGCCACCUGUUGGAUCUGCUCUACCACCUAAUCCUGCUGCAGGGGAUCCCUAGGCCUGGUUCGAAGAAAGCCACACGCCCCAGCUACGAUGCUGCUGAAUCUCACUCCCCUGCCAUGUCGUCAGCGAUCUCUGGGCUGUGGGAAGUUGUGGGGAAGGGGAAUCAACAGCUCGUCAAAGUCGUAACCGCUCCAAUUGCCUUCGCCCUGCAACUGGUGGAGAUCUUCGGAAUCUCCGACCACUUGAAGAAGCUUCUGGAAGAGGAGAAAUCGCUCAUUCCUUCUGCGACAGAGUUGGAAAGCGCCGGAGUGCUGUUCAAGGCGGUGGCCACCGUCAGGCACGUCGGGUUCUUCCCGGAGGAGAAAACCCUGAACCUGACGGAGUUCAAUUGGAGAGAUGAUCGGAACACGGAGAUCGUUCUGAGGAAUUUGAUCGCCUACGAGUCCGUAGCCAGGUCGGAAUCUCCCAUCCUUGCCGGGUACUGUGAGCUGAUUCACUCGCUUGUACGGACGGAGGAGGACCUGGUGGUUCUGAUUGUCGCUGGGGUGAUUCAGGGGAUUGAGAAGAAGCAGACGGGGACGACCUUCAUGAAGGUGUUCGAGGAGCUUGGGAAAUCCGGGGAGGCGAAGGACAAGAGGGUGUCAGAGACCGUCGCCGGGGUUAACGCUUACUACAAUGGGGUUUUGAGGGUUAAGAUGAAGGCAACAGGGAAGAAAUGCUUGCAGUGCGGAUGGACGAUUGUAAUGGUUCUCGCCGUUGUUUUGUUGCUUGGUUUGUUCAGCGUUCAGACGUUCUGCCAGGUUGGUGACUGCCAGAAUCUUUUCAAGAUCGGUUCUUCCUCCGACCAACAGGCAGGCUCUUUAUUGUUGUCGUCGACUUCGUCUAUCGGCGUCGGCAGAGGUGAAAAUCUCCUCCUCUCUUACUCUAUCUGA